AUGACAGAAGAAUCAGAUAAUCUCCUACUUUUCAAGUUGUUCGUUCCGAACGAACUUCUACAUGUAUUCGAUGAGAAAAAGCAGUUCUCCGCGGACUUCAAGCGCACAAAAGCGGCGAUUUAUGGAGGGAGCUAUGAAGAAUUCAUGAAAGAUUUGUAUCUUUUUACGUUCAACGUGGAUAGUCGAGUGAAACCUGGCUCAAAAGAUAAAGAAUUCGAAGAUAUCCCCAUAACAUUCAAGAGAGGAGAAACUACUUUCGCAUACAAACGCGACUUGUGUCAGUUUCUGACAUGGCGUCGAUGCGGAAAGAAGCAAUUGGAAAUGUCGGAUCAUAUAAUCCGAACGGUUUUCGAAUUGUUUUGGAAAUCAAUGGAAAGUCGUCUGAAAGAGAGUUUCGAACUCUGUGAAUUCUCAAUGGAAGAUAUCACGUCAAUUAGUAAUUUGAUGAAGGAAAACGAAAAUAAUGUCGAGCGAAAAUACCAAAUAAAAGACCAAACACUCGGAGAGGUCUUCAUCCAUCUCAAAAAUAUGAUUCCGGUGCCUCACGACGAGGCCUUAAUGGCGAAUUUGGAGAGAACUUUAUCCGAAGACGUUAGAAGGUGUGCAGUGAAAAAACGAAUCAAAUACUAUCAAAACAUACUGAAUUAUGCGAGUUCGUCUAUCAAAGUGAUGCAGAAAUUCCAUGCAGAUCGGCCGUUGUUGUUCCUUCCAAGACCACCACUUCAUCCCGAAUGGCAUUCAGUUUAUCUCCGUGUUUUCGAAGAGAACGGCUCGAAAUUCAUGUUGGUUCAGGAAGUUCUUCAAAUGAUUAAAGCGGAACGAUGGGAUGUGAAAGAGCUUGAAGAAAAGCUUCGAAGGAUUAUUCGAGUGGAAUUUCCAAUCAAAAAGGGAUAUUCAACUGUGAAUUACGAAACAGUUUAUUCGAAGUUGCAACAUUUGGAAAACAUUGAGUUUGUUCCAAUAACGCCGAGAAGAACCAAAACUCGUGCUCUCCUAAUCCCAGCAUUUUCUGGAAUGUACUGCAUGCUCACUUCUGAUUUGCUCAUUGAAAUUCUUCGUUUUGUGAUUUCAGUCAGAAGUAUCUUCCAGAAAAUGACAAAUGAACGCUGGAGAGUGUUCAAUGAAGUGUUUUGGAAGUGCGUGUGUGACGAUGAUCAUUUCAAGAUUUGUAAAAAAGUGCCGCAAUUCACAAAGGUGGAAGAAGUUUAUGUAAUCAGAGACCAUCUUGGGAAGUUCUUCUGCAUAUUCUAUCCGGAAUGGUUCGCAAACGCCGUUGAGAUUCGGCCAGUCGACGGAAAUUUCUCAUUGGAAGAUUUGAAAUCUGAAUUAAAACACUUGCGUGUCACUAAUUUCUUCACAAAUAUUGAAGAACACGCCGAAGUUGCCUAUAACCUGGUUGUGAAGAACAAGAAAAAAGAAAAGUUGAGAACUUGUGAUAUGUAUGAUGCGGUGGAACAUUGCCAGAUGAUUGCUCUUCUCAAACUUCUUCCUAAUCGCCACCGAUGGCUUCACAAUCAACAUGCCUGUUACCGACUUCCGGUUGAAUGUCCGUGGUGUCCAAAACCUGAUCAAUAA